AUGCAAUUAAAUCUUUUGCAGUUACGUGCACUACAUGAACAAGGAUACUCACUACAAUCAGUAAACAAAAACGGACAGACAGCACUGCAUUUCGCCUGCAAAUACGACCACAAAGACAUUGUCAGAUAUAUAAUAUCGUGCGCUUCACGGCGUCUGAUCAACUUGGCAGACAAGGAUAGGGGACAAACAGCUCUGCAUGUUGCUGCCGAAAACAAUCGUCGCGACCUUUGUGUGAUGCUGGUGGCUGCGGGUGCCAAUCUACAGGCAAGCGACCUUUGCGGCAAUACACCCAUGAUGGUGGCCUUCAAUAAGGAUUUCACAGAGAUUGCAACAUAUUUGGAAAGUAAGAUGCUUUGUGCUACAAUACACACAACAACAACUAUUGCUAAAAGACGCAACAAAAUACAACAGCAAAAACCGUAAAUAAGCAGCUAAACGAUUAGCCGUGUCAGGCAGCUAGAAAUUAAAACCCUCCCUCCCCACUUCCUCCUCCUUGACUAGAAGUCUAAAAAAACAAUUGGUGAUGCAGUACUUUGUGCAAAAAAGAACAGUGAAAAAAGAGACCCAAAAAAUGCCACUGGUUUUAAUUUUAAGCUUUGCAUUAAACUUAAUUUAUUUGUAUGUAAAUGUAUGUAGGUGUAGGUAUUUAAGUAACUCUCUUGGUUGUUGUUAUUUUAAGUUGUGACUUUCAUUUAUUGUCCUUGAGUUUUUAAUUAUCAAAUUUGAGCGAUUUAUUUUUUAAUAGUGUAGGCUAAUUUAUGUUUGGUUACUGCUCGUUUCCGACUUCCUUUCAAUAGGGGUCUUCUCGAAGUCUCGGAAAAGACCUUGCAGGGUGUACGGAUUGCAUGUUAAAAACCGGUUUUCCUAUGGGACAGCAGUGCAAACCGUGCAAUCCGUGCAAGAGCUUUUCAAGACUUAUACGUGAAUAACUGGAAAAUGCUUUUUUAUAGAACUUUAACUUUUAGUGAAAUUAUUUAUAUUAUAAUUUUUACGACAUUAAAUUAAAUUAAUUUGAAUUAUUAUAAAUUGUUUAUCCUACCAACGCAUUCAAAUUACAAAACUGCACUUAAAAAAAACAAAAAAAAAAAAUCGAAAAAUUUACGUGGCAACCACACAUUCCAUAAAAUUAAGGCCAAGAGCGUUUUCUCUCAAUGCAGAGACAGUCGCGAAAUUGAAGCGGAGCAAGUCUGAGAUGGAAACGCCCCAACAAAAGAUAAGCAAAUAGAAAUUAGUAUAAUUUAAAUUUAGGAGACAUAUACCUAUGAUAUUUAGUACAUACGUACAUGCAUAAAUAAGUAUUAAAGUAAAAAAAAAACUAUUAACUCAUGCAAUAUGAAACUAUGGGUACUUCUAAAUGACGGCUACGAUGAUGUCAGAACAAAAGGGUUUGACAAUUUAUAAUAUUACAGAUGAAUUUUAACUCUACUUGCAACGACAUAAUAGAGAGUUCUCAUGAAAACCCGCAUAGCAGACAGUUCAUGCAAUCAAAUUAAUUUAAUUAUUAUACUUAAUUAUCUCUAAAAAAUAAGCGAUUUAUACUCACUACAACUAAUGAAUAAAUAUUUCCUUAAGCAGCAAUCAGCAAGUAGUUUACAAAUCACCAUUGGGCUAGAAUAUAUAUAUAUAUAUAUGUAUUUAAACUUAAUACCAUUUUAAAUAAGAUUUAAUGCUAAAAAAAGAGUAAAAAUUAUAAACUUACUGCUAAAAAUGUUCAAAGAAAAUAAACAUAAUACAAUUUUCGAAAUUAAACCUAUAAAUUAAAAAUACACUAGCGUUGCAAAUAUUCGAAAAAGAAAAUCAUCACUUAAGAAUUGUCAACGUUAAACGCCUAAAACGGAACUUCAGGAGCGUGAGAUUCAUUUGUGAUAUGGCAUCAAAUAUGUAUG